UUUUAAUGUAAAGGCUAUUAAUGAACUAUCUCUCAGGAUUACAGUUUUAGAAGGAGGGAAUGGAUCAGUCAGAUGUUGGGGGUGGAGUAGAUUCGCAGCUAAAUCCUUUGCUGUUCAGAGCUAUCGGGGCUGUCCUAAACUGGACGCUCUGCGGUAAGGAAGGAGCUGACAGAUCCGCUGGACAGGCUCUUGUGGGAUGUUUCAUGAAAACUGUGUACAAGAGUAUAUUCCAGACCUUCGUGCACAAAGGUUCUGAACCGAUCUCUGCAGUACGGAAGAACAAACUUGACGAUCUAUUAGAACCAAGUGCAGAGAAAGGCUCAAUAGGCAGUGGAACUGAUACAAUGCCUCGACCCUCAAACGUACCAUUAAUGGAAGCCCCAGAUGGAGGAUGGGGCUGGAUGGUUGUGAUUAGCUGCUUCUUAGUGACUGUCUGCACAAGGGCAGUGUCCAGAUGCUUUUCCAUAUUUUUUGUGGAGUUCCAGAAUUAUUUUGCCCAAGAUUAUGCCAUGACAGCAUGGAUACAUUCCACUGUUGACUGCACUACAAUGGUAUUUGCGCCUCUUGGGAGUAUUAUUAGCAAUCGGUAUUCCACUCGAGCAGCAGUGAUUCUUGGAGGAGUGUUAGCUUCUGUUGGCCUCAUUCUUAGCUCAUUCGCUACCUGCCUGGAAUAUCUUUAUCUGUCACUCGGAGUCAUUACUGGCUGUGGAUAUGCUUUAGCUUAUUCUCCUGCCAUAUCAAUUGUGGGCAAGUACUUCUGUAAGAAGAAAGCUAUGGCAUAUGGGUUGGCCAUGUCAGGGAGUGGAAUUGGCACUUUUGUUUUAGCUCCAGUGGUUCAGCUGCUGAUUGAACAAUACUCUUGGCGUGGGGCAUUACUCAUCCUCGGAGGCCUCGUAGCUAAUAUUUGUGUUUGUGGUGCUCUGCUGAGGCCCCUCACCCUUGCAGAGGAUCUGCCCAAUUCCACCAUGAGUGACAUUGCCGGUGAAAAAGUCUCUGCGGAAUCCAGGAUUAAGGCACAAUGUGAUGACUGUCAUCUGUCCAGUCUUUCUACAGAAUCAAACUUCAUUAGAAAAGAGAGUGUCAGAAGGCAGCCGUGCAGCUGUUGUCCAUCAUAUAAAGAAUAUGCCUUUCUGCUGACUGCGGACUUCCUUGUAUUUGCUGCAUCGCUGCUAUUCCUCGCCUAUGGCUGCAGCACUCCUUUUGUUCAUCUUGUGCCAUAUGCAGUGAGCACUGGAGUAAGCCAACAGCAAGCAGCCUUCUUAAUGUCAAUACUGGGCAUCAUAAAUAUUAUUGGCACAGUUUCAUUUGGCUGGAUAAUGGACAGAAGGUUUUUGAAGAAGUACCGGAAAUACUGUUACAUUUUGACAGUUGGCUUGGAUGGUGUCUGCUCUCUGUUCAUUCCCAUUCUGAGAUCCUUUCCACUCCUCGUUCCCUAUGCAGUUUUUUAUGGAUACUUUGAUGGGGCUUAUGUUGCCCUUAUCCCAGUGAUAACAUCAGAUAUAGCAGGAAAUGUUUUCCUGCCCUCUGCUCUGGGAAUAGUUUACUUUAUCCAUGGGAUACCCUAUCUAAUUGGACCCCCAAUAGCAGGUUGGUUAGUGGACACUACAGGAAGUUACACAGCAGCUUUCCUUGUCAGUGGAUUGUCCAUGAUAAUCAGCUCUAUGCUGGUGGUUACUGCCAAUCGAAUAAGCAAACGCAGGAAUUCCGUUGACCUUCACACUGCGGUUAUACAGUCAGAUCCUAGCACUGCAACUUUUCAGACUGCGUCAAGCGAUCCAAUAUGAAAAGCUGGAUUCAUCGGACAGUGCUGCAUUAAGAAAAUGCAGGCAUAAAAUUGCUGGCACAUUUUUAAAAGGCUCUCAAAGUAUCAAACAAUGCGGGCAAUCAUGAUACAUGAGAAGCUAUUGAUUAGUACUUUUCUCAAUGCCAAAGUAUUUUCAUAUAUAUCCACAUAUAUAAUAGACUUUUAAAAAUGCUUUACGUCUCUUUCAUUUGGCAAGUUCCCCUUGACUUGCUAACUGCAGGGUUGCUGGUUUGUAACAAUACUUUUCUCCAAUACAAAGGGCUCAGGUGUGGACAUAUGACCCCGAUAAAUGUAUCAGAUUUACAAGCGAUUGUAUAUAUGGCCAGUGUCAGUUAUAAUUCUCCUACCUCAUUGACACUAGCUCAACUGAAAUUUUUAAGAUUAUGAUCCAUAGAUUUUAUUUAGUUAUGUUUAUCAAAGGAAAUGGAAUAAAGGCAGGGACAUUGAUUUAAGUACAGAUCAGCCUGGAUUUGAUUGAAUGUCAGCAAAGAUUUGUCGGAGAUGAACAUUAUAUAUUUAAUCUAAAAAAGAUAUAAUGUAUGUAGGCUCUUGAAGCAAAAGUAGGAAUCAUGCAAACAUGCGGUUUUCUUGUUCUUGUAAUCUGUUCAUCCAUUACAUAAGCCAACAACCCUAUAUGCUAUUUGAACAGCUUCUCACCCUGACCUGCUACCUUUUUCGAAGAUUUGCAUAUCCUUUUGAAUUGUCACAUUUUGUUCAUAUUACUUGUCCUCACUCUCUAUCAAAAUGUAUCAAAUGCAGUCCAUUUCAUCACUCUGUCUCCGUCCUUCUGGAGUUUGUUACAAUUCUCAAUUUUUUUUACCAGAAUUCCACAUUUUGUAUGAUCUACAGAUCUUGAAAUGAUAGCUGUGAUACCCAGUCCAUAUAAUUGAUGCAUAUCAUAUCCUAACACUGAACCCAGUGAAACACUACAGUAAACUUCCAUCUAGUGUGAAGAACAGCUAUCUAUCACUACAUUGGCAAGACCAAGCAGAGACUAAUUGAACACAUUGUGGACUGCAGUAUUGACAAGGAUGACUCUGCUCUUCUGGUUGCUUGCUAUUUCAAUCCUCCAUCUUACUCUUCUUCUAACAUUUCAGCCCGAGACUGUGGUACUGCAGUACAACCCAAGACACGCGGGAGGAACAGCACCUCAUUUCCCACCUCAGCACUUUUACAGCUUUCAGAACUCAACAUUGAGUUCAACAAAUGAAGACCAUGAAUUUUGCUGCCACCCCAUGUUAAUUCCCCAAUUAUUCACAUCAACACUUUCUGCUACCUCAUCAAAUCAAAUCAGUGAAACAAACUAUGUCUUUAAGUAAUCCAGAUCGACUUUCAUUUAUUAGUCCAUUUCCAAAUGCCUAUUAAUUCUUGUGCAAGGUUUUUUAUGGAUCAAACCAAACCCCUUCAUAAUAUAUUAAGAAGACAACCCCAGACCCCAACUUUUUCUUAUUUUAUAAAUAAGUGCCAGUUGCUUUGUUCUAGAUACUAUUAGGUUGGUCAAACUAACAGCGUUAAAACAAAACAUACUUUAUUUCAAAACUACAGUUAAAAGACAACAAAAGAAAGAAGAAACUGGAAUAACCUAACUCUCUAGGAAAGCUUAACAGGAUAAUAGAUUGUUUAACUACUAAACAAUAACUGUUCUUGUAUGGAAACAUCUCAUAAACACAUCCUUGGCAAAGGCAAAUUCUGUAAAAUAGAUUGUCUCACAUGUAAUUCAAGCAGCAGGAAGAUAACCCCAGCUUUUAGCCGUAACACAGAGAGGAAUAAUAGCUUCUAAAUCCAGCUUCAAGACCCCAGCAACUGCAACUGAAGGCUAACAACAAAAAAAACUUAGUUUUGUGAGAGCUUGACCCCAUCCAUUGAGCUCCUUUUGUUGUUCCAACUUAAAAAAUAAGGCCCCAUAAGCUGGUUACUUAUUGCCUCUGGAGCACACAGCUCCACACCUCUGUCACAACACUUCUUCAUAUGAAAAAGUACAAAAUACACCUCUUAAAACCAUAGUAUUGUCACAGGAUCAAAGACUGCUUGGUAUAAUUGGAUCAUUUUAUGAUUCACAAUAUGUGACAAGUGGAGUCCUGCAGGGGUCUCUGCUGGGUCCUCAGCCUUUUAGUUUACACCAAUGACUAAGAUGUGGGGAGUGAAGUGUGGUGGCUACUUUUUCAAACUUAGCUACAUUAUGAUAGGGAGGAGAGUAAUUUGUGAAGGAGACAAGGAAGCUGAGGUUGGAUAAGGAAAGUUUGAAUAUGUGGGCAAAAAUCUGGCCUGUACAGUAUAAAAUGGGAAAUAUGUCGUUAUUUCCUUUGUCAGGAAAAUACAAAGGCAGAAUAUUAUUUCACCAGAGAGCUACUGGAGAAGUUUGAGGUGCAGAGAGAUCUGGAUGUUCCAGUUGCUAGAGUCAUUAAAGGUUAGCUUGCAAGUAUGGUAAGUAAUUAAAGCCAAUAGAAUGUGGUCAUUUAUUAUGAGAGGAAUUUAUCUUAAAUGCACCAUGUUAUGCUUAAGUUAUGUAGGGUUUUAUUGAGACCACAUCUGUAGUACUACGUACAGUUUAAACUCUGCGUUAUGUCUAAAUGCUAUAAUGCAGUAUACUUUUAAGAGACUGUAUCAUAGCAUGUAAGGUAUAAAGGUCUCAGCCUUCAUCUUAACUGGGAUCACUUAAGCAUGACAUACUGAUUUAAGUGUGCUACAGUUUGUCACUGAAAAGCUGCGUAUUUAGCUCAGACACAGAAGUGUCUGCAACUGUAAUAUUUAUGUAUAUUUCAGGAGCUGCAAUAAA